UUUUGUAUCAGCAAGAUGGGAAGGACAAUUAUUGGGAAGACUGGAAUAAAAGAACAAUGGAGGAGCAAAACGAGGAGGAGCAGAAUAAUCUGACGAAAACUUUAAAGAAGUAUGAAAAAACGAAAGAAAUUCCAUUAAAUGAGGAGGAUACUUAUUGGGAGGAUUGGAAUAAAAAAACAAUGGAUGAGCAAAAUGAAACCGGGCCAUCUCAUGUUAGCGAUAUUCAACAUUCGGAUAAAGGGAAGAAUAAAAUGGAUAACAAUGAAAAUUAA